AUGUCCGGAUCUUACGGCGGCGGCGGCUACGGUGGCCGCGGUGGCGGUGGUGGUGGAUAUUCUAACGGGUACGAUCGCAAUGGCGGCGGCUACUCUAACAACUACUCCUCACACGGUGGCUCGAAUGGCUACGGAGGCGGCGGCGGAGGAUAUGGCGGCGGUGGUGGUGGCUACGGAGGCGGCGGCGGCGGCUACGGUGGUGGUGGCGGCGGUGACAGGAUGUCUGCUCUCGGUGCCGGCCUGCAGAAGCAGAACUGGGACAUGAGCGCUCUUCCCAAGUUCGAGAAGUCCUUCUACCAAGAGCAUCCUAGCGUCGCCAACCGCUCUCCUGCUGAGGUCGACAAGUUCCGCGCAGACCACUCCAUUGCCGUCUUCGGUAACAACGUUCCCAAGCCUGUCGAGACCUUCGACGAGGCUGGUUUCCCUCGUUACGUUAUGGACGAGGUCAAGGCUCAGGGUUUCCCUGCUCCUACCGCCAUUCAGUCGCAGGGCUGGCCCAUGGCUCUUUCUGGUCGCGAUGUCGUCGGUAUUGCCGAGACCGGUUCCGGAAAGACGCUCACCUACUGCCUUCCCGCCAUCGUUCACAUCAACGCUCAACCUCUCCUCGCUCCCGGCGACGGUCCUAUCGUCCUUAUCCUCGCCCCUACCCGCGAGUUGGCUGUCCAGAUUCAGCAAGAAAUCUCCAAGUUCGGCAAGUCGUCCCGCAUUCGCAACACCUGCGUCUACGGUGGUGUCCCCAAGGGUCCUCAGAUUCGCGAUCUUUCCAGGGGAGUCGAGGUCUGUAUCGCCACUCCCGGCCGUUUGAUCGAUAUGCUUGAGUCUGGCAAGACCAACCUCCGUCGUGUCACCUACCUUGUCCUCGAUGAGGCUGAUCGCAUGUUGGACAUGGGUUUCGAGCCCCAAAUUCGCAAGAUCAUUGGUCAGAUUCGCCCUGAUCGUCAGACUCUCAUGUGGUCCGCUACCUGGCCCAAGGAGGUCCGCAACUUGGCCGCCGACUUCUUGACCGACUUCAUCCAGGUCAACAUCGGUUCCAUGGACUUGGCUGCCAACCACCGCAUCACCCAGAUCGUCGAGGUUGUUUCCGAGUCCGAGAAGCGUGAUCGCAUGAUCAAGCAUCUUGAGAAGAUUAUGGAGGGCCGCGAGAACCAGAACAAGAUCCUCAUCUUCACCGGCACCAAGCGUGUCGCCGACGACAUUACCCGCUUCCUCCGCCAGGACGGCUGGCCCGCUCUUUCCAUCCACGGCGACAAGCAACAGAACGAGCGUGACUGGGUUUUGGACCAGUUCAAGACUGGCAAGAGCCCUAUCAUGGUUGCCACCGACGUGGCUUCUCGUGGUAUCGCUUGUCUCCAAGAUUCCCAAGGGGAUUUGCAUGCAUGGCCCAAGGAUCUCUGGAACCUUGGAUCCCAACCCGGCAUAUUUUUCGCAAUGGACAGCCCACCUGCCAAGGAGAAAAAUGUGCGCAACAUUACUCACGUGCUCAACUAUGACUACCCCAACAACUCCGAGGAUUACAUCCAUCGUAUCGGCCGAACUGGUCGUGCCGGUGCGAAGGGUACUGCCAUUACUUUCUUCACCACUGACAACUCCAAGCAGGCUCGUGAGCUCGUCGGUGUCCUUCAAGAAGCUAAGCAGCAGAUUGACCCUAGACUUGCCGAGAUGGCUCGCUACAGUGGUGGUGGAGGUGGCCGCUUCGGUGGCUAUCGCGGCCGUGGCGGCGGUGGAUGGCGCGGUGGCCGUGGCGGCGGUGGUGGCGGCGGCUCCGUCGGUGGUGCUAAUGCCCUUCCGCUUAACAACCGCCGGUGGUAA